AUGGCCUCGACCUUCAUGACCUCCUUCUCCCGCGGAUUCGGUGGCACCAACGUGUCCGUCGUGAGCUACGCUGCCAAGGAGGAGGCACGAGAGCUGUAUCACACAGCAGAGCAAGACGCGGUCACCCAGGUGGAGAGGAUCCUCCAGAAGCCCGCGGAUCCGAACUUCCGGGACCAUCGGGAGUUCAUCGCUGUUCAUGGCGCAGCAGACAACGGAGCAAUUGCUUCUGCCAGGCUACUACUGGAGGUGGGAAGAUGA